GAGGUUGAAUGAGUGUUUAGUUUUGGAGGGGUUCCUACAGAGAGGAGUUACUAUGGCAGGAGUUCUGCAUAUCAUUCUGCUUUUAUUUCUGCAUUGUGGAUCAUUUAUCUUCACUUUAUCCAAACCUACUGAUGACACAGCUACAGUGAGAUCCACUGUGGAUUCAGAUGCUACAUUUACUACAAUUGAGAGCCUUAUUUCUGCAAGAGAAAUCAACACCACUGAGGUUCCCACCACCACAGGAGUCAUAACCAGUUACAGCAAGACAACUGCUAAACCUCCUGAAACCACCACAGCUGCUAAACAUGUGACUGAAGAUGCAGGUAAAACAACAGGAAGACCGGUGUCCAGGAAAGACACUGAGGAAGAAGAAGAUGAGGGUCCUUUGGAAUUAGAAUGUCCUCCACUGGGUCUGGAGUCACUCAGGGUCAAAGACACCCAGCUGAGAGCGUCGUCCUACAAGCGCAGAGGCCUGGGCCCUCACCGCGGCCGACUCAACAUCCAGUCUGGGAUAGAGGAUGGAGACAUCUACGAUGGAGGCUGGUGUGCUCAGUUCAGAGACACGAAGCAGUGGCUGGAGGUCGACGCUCGGCGACUGACUCGCUUCACUGGUGUCAUCCUGCAGGGUCGCAGCUCCAUCUGGAGUUGGAACAUGGUCCAUACCUAUAAGGUGCAGUUCAGUAACGACUCGCUGGUCUGGAAGCCAAGUAUGAACGGGACAGAGGAGGCUGUAUUUGAAGGAAACCAGGACACGGAGACACCUGUCCUCGCCCUUUUCAACACGUCCACGGUGGCCCGUUACAUCCGGAUCAACCCACAGAGCUGGUACGAGAACGGGACGCAGGGUGACAUCUGCCUGAGAGCCGAGGUGUUGGGCUGCGCACUCCCAGAUCCAAAUAAUAUCUACCCAUGGCAGACAGAACCAACAGGGUCCAGAGACAAACUGGACUUCAGACACCACAACUACAAGGAGAUGAGAAAGUUGAUGAAGUCGGUGACAGAGGCGUGUCCUGACAUCACCCGCAUGUACAGCAUCGGGAAGAGUUACACGGGUCUGAAGCUCUAUGUCAUGGAGAUCUCUGACAACCCUGGAAAACACGAGCUGGGAGAACCUGAGUUCCGAUACGUUGCAGGGAUGCAUGGGAACGAGGUGCUGGGCCGAGAGCUUCUGCUCAAUCUCAUGCAGUACAUGUGCCAAGAGUACAAGCGGGGAGACCAGCGUGUCGUCCGCCUGGUCAAAGACACCCGCAUCCACCUCCUGCCCUCCAUGAACCCUGAUGGAUAUGAGAUGGCAUAUAAAAAGGGCUCUGAGUUGGCAGGUUGGGCCUGGGGUCGUUACAGCUAUGAAGGUAUCGACAUGAACCACAAUUUCGCCGACCUCAACUCAGGGAUGUGGACCGCCAUCGAGCUGGAGACGGACCGCUCCAAACUCAUCAACCACUACUUCCCCAUCCCUGAGCAGUACACGUCUGAGGAGGCCUUUGUGGCGUCAGAGACCCGGGCGGUCAUCAACUGGAUGCAGAACAUCCCAUUUGUUCUGGGUGCUAACCUCCACGGUGGAGAACUGGUGGUCACCUACCCGUAUGACAUGACCCGGGACUGGGCACCUCGCGAGCACACGCCCACUGCUGAUGAGAGCUUCUUCCGCUGGUUGGCCACAGUGUACGCCAGCACCAAUCAGGUGAUGUCCAACCCAGACCGGCGGCCCUGCCACAACAAGGACUUCCGUAGAUUCAACAACAUCAUCAAUGGUGCCGACUGGCACAACGUACCAGGAAGUAUGAAUGAUUUCAGCUACCUGCACACCAACUGCUUCGAGGUGACGGUGGAGUUGUCCUGUGAUAAGUUUCCUCACGCCAGUGAACUUCCCAUCGAGUGGGAGAACAACAGAGAGUCUCUGCUGGUUUACAUGGAGCAGGUCCACCGUGGGAUUAAGGGUGUGGUUCGAGACAAAGACACAGAGGCUGGUAUCCCAGAUGCCAUCAUUAAAGUGGACGACAUUGAUCAUCACAUUAGAUCAGUUGCUGAUGGCGACUACUGGCGGCUGCUGAAUCCCGGCGAGUACCGCCUGACAGUCAGCGCAGAGGGCUACCUCCCCUCCUCCCGCACCUGCCAGGUCAUGUACGACUACUUCCCGACGAUCUGUGACUUCCGCCUCACCAAGAUGCCCAAACAGAGGCUAAAAGACAUUUUGGCGAAGGGAGGGAAACUCCCCAAGGACCUGCAGCUCCGGCUGCGACAGCUACGUCUGCGUAAGCUCCGUGUCACCACCAAGGCCAUCAACCAGAGGCGUGCUGCUGCCAAACGGGCGAAGAGGAUGUGAUGAUGACUGAAGAUAAGAACAAAGCUGGACUUGGUUCAGUUCACUCAGAGACGCACACCUUCACUGGAGUCAUUUUUCGUUUUUCGUCAUGUGACGUUUUACACUUGAGAUUUUUUCAUCCUCUGCUGUGGAGCAGCAGAACUGAGCAAACAUUUGCUUGCCAACAACAGUGUGUGGUGGCUUUCAGUUUAUAUUCAUUGUGCAACACCACAGAGCCAAAACAAUGACAAUGUGUGUCACUGUCUUCACACCAGUGAGGUUGUUAAAUUAUGGUGCAGGAUGGAUGUUCACCUGUUCACUUAAAUCAUUAAAAACUUCUAACAUCUAUUUUGUG